AUGACAGUUCCCACCAACGGGAGCGAGGCCAUGCUGCCUUCCAAAAUCCCUUUCUGGCGCCUAAUCUUCGAUCAAAAGAUCGUCACCGAGGAAGUCAUGCAAUUUCCAUACACAGGCUCAGGCACUGAAGAGGACCCAUACGCCGUGGUCUGGAUCCCUGCCGACCCACGCAACCCCAUGAACUUCCGCCCGAUCAGGAAGUGGUCUAUCACACUCCUAGUAUCAUUCGUGACUCUCGCAGUGUCAUUGGUCUCAUCCGCGUUCUCAGGCGGAAUGAGCCAGAUCAUGGAGGACUUUGAUGCUUCCCAAGAAAUCGUCAUCCUCGGCGUAUCGCUCUUUGUGCUCGGAUUCGCUAUUGGGCCAUUGAUCUGGGCGCCCCUUAGUGAGAUCUUCGGCCGGAGACAUAUCUUUACCAUCUCCUUUAUGUUUCUCACCGUAUUCAAUGCUGGUGCGGCGGGUGCAAAGAACAUCGAGACACUCAUUGUAUUGCGUUUCCUGGCGGGUUCCUUUGGAUCUUCGCCCUUUGGAAAUGGAGGCGGCACUAUUGCAGACAUGUUCCCAGCGUCUCAGCGGGGUAUUGCUAUUAGUCUUUUUGCUGCUGCCCCCUUCCUAGGACCGACACUAGGCCCUGUUAUUGGAGGAUUCCUCGCUGUCGCUGCUGGGUGGAGGUGGGUGGAGGGACUCCUUGCUGCGUUCUCGGGUGUGCUCUGGCUAUGUAUCAUCUUCUUGUUACCAGAGACAUAUGCGCCUGUCCUCCUACGCCGUCGCGCAGAAAAGAUGUCUGCUUUAACUAGCAAAGUCUAUCGCAGUCAGUUUGACAUUGACCGUGGCCCGGCUCCUAUGGGCAAGACGCUGAAGACCGCGCUUUCCCGCCCUUGGAUCCUGCUCUUCUGUGAGCCAAUUGUGCUGCUUUUCUCCAUCUAUAUGGCAAUUAUCUAUGGCACACUCUAUAUGCUCUUCGCCGCCUACCCAAUCGUCUUCCAAGAAGUCCGCGGCUGGAGCGAAGGCGUCGGGGGUCUCGCCUUCCUCGGCAUCCUCGUCGGCAUGGUGAUGGCCGUUGUAUACACAUUCCCGGAGAAUUUCCGUUACGCCAAAAAGUGCAGCCAGACCACCGACCGACUCGCUCCCGAGCUGAGACUGCCCCCAAGCAUGGUAGGAGGCAUAGCCCUACCAAUCGGCUUAUUUUGGUUCGCCUGGACCAACUCACCUAAUAUCCACUGGAUGGUCUCAGUCGCAGCAGGAGCGCCCUUCGGUUUCGGCAUGGUUCUCGUCUUCCUUAGCGUAUUUAACUACCUCAUCGACUCAUACACGAUCUUCUCUGCCUCCGUGCUAGCAGCAAAUUCCGCACUCCGCUCACUGUUCGGUAUGGCCUUCCCACUUUUCACAACCUAUAUGUACCACAAUCUGGGCAUCCACUGGGCCUCGUCGAUUCCCGCUUUUUUGGCGCUUGCGUGCGUGCCCUUCCCGUUCAUCUUCUAUAAGUACGGGGCGCGCAUCAGACAGCGCUGUAAAUACGCUUCUGAGGCGGAUGCCUUUAUGCGCCGCCUUGCCGAGAGGAACCAGGCAGCGGCCCGCCGUGAAGAACCUAAUUCGGAGAAUGAGAUGAAGACAGACUCGGUGGUGCAGGUAUCUGAUGAGGACUCCAGUGAUACUGAUACUUUGUCUACGGUUCCGUCUCGUGGUACGGUCGCACGUUACGCAUCCCGCGCGUCUCGACAAUCUGGGCGGUCUUUGCAUCGUGUUGCGACUGCGGCGCAAUACGAGGAGAACCCUUAUGACUUGGAUCUGGUCAAUACUCGACAGUCGGCCAUCAGCCGCAAUGAUUGA